UCCUCAACAGUACAGGCCUUGAAGUACAAAAGGCCUCCAGGAAGAUUGAGACUACUCUGCCCUCAGAGUCUUCAAAGAGAAAGACAAAGAUGGGUUACAGAAAACAGAUCGGAGUUUGAAGAUUUGGACCUUUAUGCAACUUCUCGAGAGCAACGCUUUCGUAUAUUUGCCAGCUUAGAAUUUGAGGGCCAAUUAUACAUGACUCCAUAUGACUUUAUUAAGUCUGUUACAAGUGAUGAACCCAAAUGCAGUAAAAAAUGGAGGUCCCUUUCAAAACAGGAAUUGAAUCAGAUACUUAUGGAGACACCACCAGUUUGGAAAGGAUCAUCAAAACUUUUCCGUAAUCUCAGGGACAAAGGUGUCAUUUCUUAUACGGAGUAUCUUUUUCUCUUAUGUAUCUUAACAAAGCCUCAUGCAGGUUUUAGAAUAGCUUUCAACAUGUUUGAUACUGAUGGCAAUGAGAUGGUGGACAAAAAGGAGUUCUUAGUGCUACAGGAGAUAUUCAGAAAGAAAAACGAAAAGAGAGAAAGAAAAGGAGAUGAAGAAAAACGUGCAAUGCUGCGCCUUCAACUAUAUGGAUAUCACACUUCUACUAGCAGUGUACUUAAAACAGAAGGAGAGGAACAUGCCCCCAGAAGCUAUUGGGAUACACUGAGACGUAGCACAAGCCAAGCACUCUUUUCGGACCUUGCAGAGCAUGCAGAUGACAUCACAAGUUUACUGUCUGAUACUACGUUGCUUGUACACUUUUUUGGCAAGAAAGGAAAGGCUGAACUAAACUUUGAAGAUUUUUAUAGGUUUAUGGAUAACCUACAAACUGAAGUUCUAGAAAUAGAAUUCCUUACCUACUCAAAUGGGAUGAACACUAUCAGUGAGGAAGACUUUGCUCGUAUUCUUCUGAGAUAUACAAACGUGGAAAAUACAUCAAGCUACUUAGAAAAUGUGCGCUGCAGGAUCCCUGAAGAAAAGGGUAUCACGUUUGAUGAGUUCAGAUCAUUUUUCCAGUUUUUGAACAAUCUAGAAGAUUUUGCUAUUGCAAUGCAAAUGUAUAAUUUUGCAAAUCGUUCCAUAGGACAAGAUGAAUUCAAGCGUGCUGUGUAUGUAGCUACAGGCCUGAAGCUUUCACCACAUUUGGUGAACACAGUCUUCAAGAUUUUUGAUGUGGAUAGAGAUGACCAGUUGAGUUAUAAAGAAUUUAUUGGUGUCAUGAAAGACAGAUUGCAUCGAGGAUCCAGGGGACCCCCAAAAUAUGGUUUGAAGGAUUACUAUGCUUGUGUGAUGACUGUUACAAGCAAACACCUCAGAGAGCUACGGAAGCAAUUUCGGAGUCGAGAUAUGCUGAGAUAAAAAAGCAGAAAGAAAAACUCCAACAUCUAACUAAAGCUAUUCUUUCUCUAUAUACCUUGAAUGAAAAGCACCUUCACAUAGGUAGAUCUUGUAUCUUGUACCUGCAUCAGCCAAUAUAGGCUUUUUCACUUGAUUUGCUAACCUAACUAUAAGUGUAUUUCCAGCCACUUUUCCACAGUGUAUUUUAUUUAAGGGAUGACCUACACUGUCAUCUGCCUAUAAAAGUGCAUUUUAAUAAUGUAUUUUUAAAUAUAUUUAUGUUUAUAUUUAUUUUAAGAUAUGUAGUUUAUUUAAAAUGAAACAAAAUAUGGUGGGAGAGAAAUUCUUUGUGCUACAAUAUGAAUUUGCUUUCAGAUAAUGAGUAUUGAAUGAAGCUUAUGUUUAAAUCAAAGAUGAAAAUAUGUUUUGUGUAGCACAACAAUUACAUGCUGAGUGUAGAAGUAAGUCUUUAUGAGCCAACAAAACUGUCAUUUAAAAAUAAUAAAAUUAUCAAUAGCAGCUGUGACAUGGUAUAAUGUGAAUUAUAGUUUUACAUGAGAGGUACUAUGUGGGUCUAUAAUGGCCAAACACUCUCAGUCUUACUGAUUUCAUGUAAUAGUCUACUGAUUUUGUGAUGUGUUAUGUACACUAUAAUGAAAAGAAUGUCAAAAUAGUAACAUUAUCUUGUUAGGUAAUACAGUGCUAUAUAAUGAACAGGGUACAUUUUAUUUCCGUUGUCCCUACAGGUUGAAGGAUAUCUUUACUUCAGACUAUGAAUUUAUAUAUUUCUUAUUAACAGUGCACUUUUAUGUAAAGUAGGCAUGGUAUUGAGUAGAAAAUGUUGCUAUUUGGCUUGCUAGCAUGCAGCACCUGAAAAAAUAUAAAUUUCAUCCGGAUAUUAUUUUUAAAACACAGAACAAGGAAUGCAUGCAGUAGCACAAAGCAACAGCCAAUUGCAAAAUGUUACAAUAACAAAUGUAAAUACUUCAAUACUUUAGGAUAGUAAUGAAAUUCAAUUUUAGAAAUAAAUAAAAAAAGAAUUAGGGUUAUAUAAGGCUUUGGAAGCUGCAAGCCUCUAUAACCUUCUAUCUGUAGAUGUCAAUGUUGUGUAAGAUGAUUUUUAGUUGAACAAGGCCAUAAAUGAGUAGUGACCAAUGAAGCACAAAUCUAUUUGUUAUUUUUAUCCCCUCUAAAUUAUUUUUGCAUCAGAAUAUAGCAAUAAUAUUUUAAAAUAUCUUCACUGUUUUUACAGUUAACCUCAAAACUAACGUUCUGACAUGCACAAUAUAACAUCACUCUUGAGAAUGUUUGAAUGUAAAACUAAUCAGUAGGAACAAUCUCUGCAUGAAAGCAGAACAGUAGCGAAGGGAGCUUUGCUAGAUACAGGUUAAAAUAUAUUCUCUGUAGGGAUUUCCUAAUAUUAGUCCAUUAACGUUGUUAUCAGUCACAGGGGAUAAUGUUUGGCUAAGUGGUGCGCUUCAAACCCAGACAAAUUAGUAGAAACAAAACAGUAUUUUUUAUGUUUCAGUGCGGUCACAGAAAUAAUUAAAAGCAGGGGUUAUUUUUCUUUUGUCAUGUAGAAUGCACUGAAAUACCACAUUGCAUCAUUAAAUGAGGGACUAGAAAGGGAUAUGUAGAGCUUCUAUGUUGUUCAACUGUUAAGUCCAGAACUGCUUAAUUUACUGUACAGUUUUUCUCCAUCUAAAAUCAAUUGAAUAAAAAGCAUGGUGUUUGAGAAAUCCCAUCUUGAGAAUUUCAGUGAAAAAAACAAACAGUGCUAAUUAGAAUAUUUUCUUCUCAUUUACCAGUAUUUUGGCAAACAUUAUAAGAAAAUGCUGGUUAGAAAUCUUCAGAAAUAUUUUAUUCUAGUCAGUAUUUCCAUGGGAAAUGUUUAUGAAGUCUCUAGUGCAUUCUCAUCCCACUACUGACAAAAAAAAAUAUUCAGAGGUGUGGACUAAUGCUGAUAGUGUCAGAUCCUGCAGUUGACAGUAUGCGGUAUGAAUGAACUGUUGUCCCUAUAGACAGCCAACUACAGAAUCAGUCAAUGUGUGUGAUGUCCUGACGUCAUUUUUCCAAUUUCCCAUUUUUUCAAUUUCCAGUGUCUGUAUUUCCUAAAUACAAACACAGGAAAAAAUAUAAUGCAUAUGUAACAUCUGCUUUUGUUUAACAAUAGCUAUUUAUAUAAUAAUGUACUAUAUGAAUAAUGCUUAUCACAUUCAUACUUCUUUAUCGCAAAUAAAUGCAUAUGAACUGUU